GCUGGACUCACGCUGAUUGUCCAUCUGUCUGUCUUGCAGAAUAAUGAUUUUCUCAGGAAUACGGUGCAUCGCCACGAGCCGCCGGUCACCGCCCAGCCUAUCCAGAUCUUGGCGGAGGACGAUGAGGUGGUGGUUGUGGACAAACCCUCCUCCUUGCCAGUACAUCCCUGCGGCAGGUUUCGUCACAACACGGUCAUCUUCAUCCUGGGCAAAGAGCACGAUCUGAAGGAGUUGCAUACCAUUCACCGGCUCGAUCGCAUGACCUCGGGAGUGCUCAUGUUUGCCAAGACCGUAGCGGUGUCCAAGAAGAUCGAUGAGCAGGUUCGGGAGAGACAGCUGGAAAAGGAGUAUGUCUGUCGUGUGGUGGGGGAGUUCCCAGAACACGAGGUGGUCUGUGAGGAGCCCAUCCUGGUGGUUUCUUACAAAGUGGGAGUGUGCCGUGUGGACCCCAAAGGGAAGUUCUGCAAAACCAUCUUCCAGAGACUCAGUUACAACGGCAAGACCAGCGUGGUCAAGUGUCUUCCACGUACUGGCCGCACGCACCAGAUCCGGGUCCAUCUGCAGUACCUGGGGCAUCCUAUUGUCAACGACCCCAUCUAUAACAUGGAAGCCUGGGGCCCUGACAAGGGCAAAGGUGGCAGAAUCGAUAAAACAGAUGAAGAACUCCUUAAAGCGCUCGUAGAGGAGCAUCGUUCCAAACAGAGCCUGGAUAUCCUGGGUAUUUCGGAGGAGGACUUGGCUUCCGGUGCUGACAAUAAGGACUGUGGUAAUUCAGGUGACCGCACGAAGUCUGCGCAGGCUGACCGCGUAGAUGAGAACUGCCCUGCUGAGGGCACGAAGGAUCCCGAGGGAAAUGACAUCGCAGCUUGUCCACCAAACUCUGGUAGAAAGUCUGCGCAGGCUGAGAGUUCAGAAGAGAAGGACCCUUUGUGCGUGGAGUGUAAAAUCACCAGGCGGGACCCAUCGCCCAAGGAGCUGGUGAUGUACCUACAUGCCUUGCGCUACAAGGGAGCGGAGUUUGAGUAUUGCUCCAAGAUGCCCGAGUGGGCAGUGGAAGACUGGGAGGAAUGA